UGAGGAUCAAGGAAGCACAUGGAAGGACACACACUUCAGUGCGAGUGUUUGUUUGGAGGUAACACGGCUGGAGUGAGCGGAGUCUAAACCUGCUGGAUUCUCUGAUUCAGCACAUUUUGGAGAGGGACUACAGGGGGCAGCCAUGUUGUCCAUUCCUGCAGCUAAGAGAGAGAGCUGUGGGACGAAGGACUUCCAGACUAAAUCGUCACGGGAACCCAAUCAAAGCCAGGGCUAUGAAAUUAUAUCAGCGCGGGUCAAAACUGAAAGUGAUGAAGACCCCAUUUGGGCGUGUUACGCGUCAUUAGAAAAAGAGUGGGACAGCGACGCUGCUGGAAUUAAAACAGAAGAUCUCUGGAUAAAAACUGAACCCUCAGAACUUGACAAGCACAAUGCAAUGACCAUUUAUGUUUCUAAUCAAAAAGCUUCAUCGGCUGUGAGGGAGAGUGGACCUCAGGCGAACAGUGCUGCAGUGCUUAGUGGCAUCACUGUAAAGGAUGAAGAUCCUAUCUGGGCUUGCUACAGCUCCAUCACGGGGACUGAGAACCAGAGAGCAGAGACCAACAUUAAACCAGAAAGUCUACCAAUCAAGAAGGAGGACUUCUUUUCUGCCACUCAUUCUAUGAAGUCCGUUUUUGAGACAGUAGAUAAGGAUUACCAUUCCCAACCUUCAUCUGGGAACACUACACAGCAGGCAUUCCAGUCCCCACUAGCCGGUCUGGCACAGUGUAUAGCGGGUCUAGACAGCUUUAGCUGCUCUUCACAGAGGUUAACCACACCCACUCGGGUCAUGUCCCCAGUGCAUCAGACUAAGAAUCCAAUCCAGCAGAAGGCACAACCUUCAGGCAAACAGCAUCUGAAGGACUGUACUUCCAAAAGCUUUACUGCUAACAAGCCUUCAGGGCCUGUUGGCUGGCCUGUAUACCAUCCACAACCACCCAGAGACAAAGAGUGGGACAGCGACGCUGCUGGAAUUGAAACAGAAGAUCUCUGGAUAAAACCUCAACCCUCAGAACUUGACAAGCACGAUGCAAUGACCCUUUGUGUUUCUAAUCAGAAAGCUCCAUCAGCUUUGCAGCAGAGUGGACCCCAAGCGAACAGUGCUGCAGUGCUUAGUGGCAUCACUGUAAAGGAUGAAGAUCCUAUCUGGGCUUGCUACAGCUCCAUCACAGGGGACUGAGAACCAGAGAGCAGAGACCAACAUUAAACCAGAAAGUCUACCAAUCAAGGAGGACUUCUUUCCUGCCACUCGUUCUCUGAAAGCCAUUUUUGAGACAGUGAAUAAGGAUUACCAUUCCCAACCUUCAUCUGGGAACACUACACAGCAGCCAUUCCAGUGCCCACUAGAUGGUAUGGCACAGUGUAUAGCGAAUCUAGAUAAGCCUAGCUGCCCUGUUUCUUCACAGAGGUUAACCAGACCCACUCGGGUCAUGUCCCCAGCGCAUCAGACUAAGGAUCCAAUUCAGCAGAAGGCACAACCUUCAGGCAAACAACAUCUGAAGGACUGUACUUCCAA